GCCAUCGCCAUCGUGAGCUCCUUCACACGAUCGUCGACGAGAGCGAACUUUUAAGGUGGUCCUUCAGUAAAUCGAGCUACGACAGAAAUGUCUAAUUCUUUGAUAUAAUGAAGUUGAAGUAUCGAACUUGGCGUGUGUAAAAUUCUAGGGUAGAUCAUCGAUGAAAUAAGAGAGAAAAAAAAUGUUGAAAAUAUAUCUUUUCACAUAUAGUGCAGCGCGAGUACUUGAGUACUACGUACGAGGCGGCGAUUUCCCGGUGCUAAAAGCGUGAUUUACACACGCCGCCGGAUUAAAAAGUGUGCCCGCGAGAGCGCGAGCGGUUACGCAAAUCCCCAUGACAUCCGACACCCCACCUCUGCGAAGCCGACGGCCGCUCGUCGCCGUCGCUGCUAACGCUGCCUCCACGCCUUCCACCGAAAUAGAACGAUCUAUUUACGGAUCAGGCAUGGAACCUAUCGCAACGGUUGCGCGGCACAGUUAAGGUCGGGCGGUUGAUGCCUGAUGGCGCGGGCUGGAACGCAACGCUGGAGAAAUCCUGCUCCAGAAGGUGACGAUGUGCAACGAUCGAUCGAGCUGUUGGACAAGGUGCUCUCAGAGUACGACGAGCACGACGCGGAGGGCGAAGGUGGCGGCGGCGGCGGCGGCAGCGGUGGCGGGAGCGGAAGUGGCGGGGGCAUCGGGGAUUGCGGCAGCAGCACGGAACCGAGUAUUGGCCUCACGCCCGACGACGAGAGUCCGUCCUUAGGACACCAAUCUGAGGACGACGGUUACAUGAGUAUGAAUGGUCGGAAGGCGAAAAUGGCGCUGGUAGCAUUACGCCCGGUUCCGGAUUGCCCGGAGCCGCAGGAUCCCGCGGGUGUCUCGACGCAGGAAUUCCCGCCGCCCCCGGAAGAAGCCGAACGUAUCAUCUCGACUCUUCUGCCGAUGGUUUCGCCAGGAAACUCGUCAAAGAGGAACGUCGUGGGCCAGGCCUCGGAGCGACGCAGCAAUGCCGGCGGCCGGCAGCAGCAGUGGAUGGUGGCCGUGGAGGAUAGCAUGCGUCACGGGAACGCGGUUACCACGCAGACCACUCUCCCGAAGACCCGCCACCAGCGGCCGUACGGCUGGGAGAACGGGACCGUGGAGUCGUUGCGGUUGGCCCAACCGCCCAGUCCGCCCAGUAAAUUCGCCAGCCUGCCGUACGACGGCAAGGUGUCCUUCAACUGGAUCCCACCGCGUACGAAUCCCAGCGCGGUGGAGAAGCACCGGGAGGUGCGCCGUCGUUCUUCGGAGGACUGCCUGGAGGACGGGGACGGCGCGGGCGGCGGUCGGCAGCGGCAGGGCAGCCCCGAGCUGCGCGCCGUCGUCGGAGCGAGGAAGCAGCAGCGCCAGCAAAACGAGAUCAUGAAGUCGAGCAGCGUGGAGGAUCGCCUGCUGAUGAACAGGUCGGACAAGGAGUCGUCGACGCGACGCAGCCGCAACGAUUCGGACUCGAGCGAGGGCCGGUUCUCGCGGAACUCCGAGUCCGAGAGCCGGUCCUCGAUACCGCGCUCCAGCUCGGUCAGCGUCGAGCGGUUCUCGAUGCGCGCCAACUGCGACUCGUCGGACUUCUCGCGCGCCAACUCGACGUCGAACGAGCGCUUUCACUCGGACUUCUCGAUCGCGGUGGCGAGCGCGAGCUCCAACGACCACGUGUCCGUGCCGACCUCCGAGCCGUUCUCCAUACGCAACCUCGACUUCGUCUCGUUCGCGCUGCCGCGCGCGGACUCGAGCGAGCGCUUCUCUGCGCCCGCGUCCGACCGUUGCUCCGAGGAGCGCUACUCCGACCUGUUCUCCACGCGUAACUCCGACUUCUCCGCGCGUAACUCGGCCGACUUCAGGACGCAGUCGGAGGAGGAGCGCUUCUCCGACGAUUCCCUGGAGGAGCUGCUGCCGCCACCGCCGCCCAUCAGCAAGAGACACUCCAUCGCGUGGGAGGUCUCUCUGGAGGACGAUCCUCUGUACGCACCCGGCAGCACCAAGGUUGUCGGCAGGAGACGACGAAAGAGCAGCGAUGUGUCAAGUGUAGGUUCCGCGUCGAAGCUGCGCGACUUCGACGACUGGCAGGAUCAACGGCUGUCGACGACUGAUGACGAUCUGAUCUCGCCGUAUUCGGACUCGUCCACGAACGACCUCGAUCAGAUACGGCCGCAGGAGUUCACGAAGAACGGCACCUACGUCAUACGGCGCGGCCGCAAGAAGGAGCGUAAGGUACUGCCGAAGACACCGACCAAGACCAAAAGCAUGUCCUUCGAGAACAGCGAGGAGGCGGGGGGCCGAUUGUCGGACGUGAAACGAUACUCGAGCACCUUCGACAACAUCAAGAGCCUGCUGAAGGAAGGCAAGCUGGAGGGCCUGAACGAGCCGCCGGCGGAAUUCGCGUUGCCGGUACCGCCACCGGAUCUGAUCCGGGUCGUGUCGAUGCCGGCGAUCAACAACGACGCCGGCAGUCGGGCCCAGCUGGAGAUCACGGUGGAGGAGGAGGAGACGUCCGACAUCUCGGACAAGGAUAGAGAGCGCGACAACCUCGAGCUACCUCGGCUACCGCCGUCGCCGGUCGAGGAUGAUCAAGUGGACAAUCCCCGUUUGAGUCGAUCGAGGGACUGCAACGGCGUCCCGACGGCGCCUAACCUGGCGGAUCUGGAUCAUGUCGGCAGGUCGUCGGCGAACAGCGCGCUGCUUGCCGAGCCCACGGCGAGGAGGAAACUCGCGAGCGCGGUGAGCGACGAGCGGCUGGCGUCCAAGAUCCCGGUGAAUCUGCUGAUCGAAGAUCAGAUCGUGAAGAAGGCGCUCAAGGAGAAUCGCCGGCAGCUGGAGAAGGUGAGCGACGCGAUCAAGGAGAUCGAGAACGUGAAGAACAGCGAAUCCUACUGCGAGAGCAAACGCUGGCGGAACGGCGACCUGAAGCAGAGCUCGAAGCGGAACAGUUUCGACAACGAAUUCCCCGCGCCGGUCCAUGACGACCGCCGGAAACCAAUGACGAUCGACGGCAGCCCCUACGACAGGACGCGUGGUAGGCAGCAUCAGCAGCAGCAACAAUACAGCUCCGACUCCGAGACGUCGAAGGCCAGCUCGGACGCGGACUUCGCGGACCGGAGAAAACUGAACGGCGCGACCGACGUCAUCUACUCGUCCGGCAGGCGGUUGCGCCAGAAUGGCAUCGAGAACCACAAGAACGAUCAGAAGCAGAUCGAAAACGUGAUCGACGCCAUUCUGGAGGACUCGAAGAAUCCGGAAUUCCAGGUCAGCGUCGACGUGAUGGAGUUCCCGCCGUUGCCGCCCUCGCCCGUCGAAGAAGCCGACGAGGAGAGCUGCUCGGACGUCGGCCAGAGCGUCGUGAUGACGCCGCCGAAAUCCAAGGGUCACAGCAGCAGCCGGACCGUGGAGUACAGGCCGAGGGUGCCACCCCAUCGUGUCCCGCCGGUCAUCGACCCGAAGGAGCAGGCUUCCUUGAACACCAGGUCCAUGGACGCCGGCUUUACCCGGGGUAGACGCACACCGACCACCAAUAAUUCCAGGCGAGAGGUACCCGUAGAACGGAGAACUCUGCCCACCGAUUUGCCAGGACCAUCUCGCCGGCGUCCGUUCACGAAAAGGCACUCACCGUCGGCGGAGGCGUGCUCCUCCGGGGGUAGCAGCGGCGGCGGUGGUACCGGCGGCAGCGUCGUUACCGGCACCGGUUCCGGUAUGCAGACAUCGUGUUCCCUACCGGAGACCCCGGUGUUCGCCAGGGGCAGCGACAUCCCCAGAACGCCGCAACACGCUGGCAACCCUACGCAGUCGAGGCGACAGCCCGGUUGGUACGCACCCACCACAGCUACCGGCUAUCGACGAAACAAUCCCGGUUUGGAGCAGGCCAUAAUCGGCACUGAACUUCUCCGGCUGGCGGGGGGCCCGAAUCGCGGAUGGUAUCCCACUAGGAAAGCGAACCAGCCGCGGCCGGCAUCGAUCGAACAUCUCGAACGGCUAAACAAUGCCUAUGACGCGCGAUUACCGAGCACCGGGGACCAGAGGAAGCCGCUGACUCUGCCUACGAACAUCACACCCAACAAAUACUUCGGCCAAAGUAAGCACAGCUCCGCCUCCAGCACUCGCGAGGCGCUACGGAGGGUCACUAGCUUGCUCAUCAAGAAAGGUAAGCGCCGGGGAUUUGCGCUGUUAGAAAGAGAAAAUACUCGAUGCGCGGACGGCGGCGACGCGCCCAAAAAGAAAGGUUUCUUCAAGGGUUUCUGGAAGCGGUCGCGCCACUACUCUCUGGAGAACCAAUAGCCCAGGUGCGCGAGGGUGACGAGCCACCAGCAUCACCAGCAGCGGUGUAGGCAGACGCGGCAGCAGCAACAACGGCAGCGGGGUAUCGCGGCCACCACGACCCUCGCGAGCAACCCCUGCUGCUGUAUCGUCCAGUAACCCCGAUUUACACGCCAUAUAUCGACCGCGACCGUCUUCUCAUCUCUCUCCAAACCUCGUUCCCCUUUUGCACUCGCGACACGGUGCACAUCCCUCCGCGUUCUCCCCCUCGCAUGCGGAAUUCUUGCGCGUUUCACCCCCUCCCUCCUUCUCCGCAAAAUCUGAUCGGCUACAUUUUACAUUAGCAUGAACGGAUCUUUAUCAUCAUUUGUGAACCAAAAUAAUAUUCUGCGUAUAAUUUAAUAACUUUGAGAACCUUUGAGUCUAUGUACACACUCAUGAAAUACACACACUGCACACACACAAAAAUACACAGAGCACAAAUUUACGAAAGAUUAUUCUUUACAUUAUAUCUUGUAUCUUUAAAAAAGAGAAAAGAAAACAAACUCCAGAACUCUGUUGUAUGUACAUAGAUUAUAAUGAUAUAAUUGAUCUUUUUUUGUAUCCGCCCUUAACGAUAUAUUAAAACAAAAUCUAUCCUUUUUGUUCCUUUCAGAACAAGGUCAGCCGGCAUUCAUUUUUCAGGUCCACCACAAUAGGGUGAGUCUUUGCGUGUAUGUUACUCGGUCCCCCAUUUAUUAAUUUGACACUCCUUCCAAAUCCUCCCUCCAUUAUCGGACAUUUUGGGUUAAUGAUUAAAUUGAUAAAUCUCGUAUGUUGUACAAGUGUUUUACCGAUUCAAUCAUUAACCAACUUCUGAAGAAAUUCCGAAAAAGGGAUAUCCCCCGCGAUGUGAUUUUGCACGCGAAAAUCUCCGAGAGCUUUCACGUGAAAUAACGAGGUGCGCCAAGUCUUACUUAUCGUCGUUAAUCAGCUCUCGGAGAAUUUGCGCAAGAAUCGUCGGGGGAAUCCCGAUUACUUUCGCGGGAGAAUGUGUCACGGUCUGUAGCUGGAACGAGAGUCGUCUCGUAUCGAAACGCUUCUUCACGCUGUUCCUCGUCACGCCGUCUGUCACGCUGCAUUGGAUUUUCUCGCCACGUAUAUUAUUAUCGCGCGCGCCUAAAGAGACUCGCGCGCGAAUUUCGUGCCCCACGGCGAAACGGCGUACGGACAUAUCGACGAGCUUCUCUCGCCAAUUGACGAACUUGUCCUACUAAUCCCAAAUUAAUUUAAACUGAUCGUUACAGCAAUUAUAUAAUUAAGAUUCGAUUUUCUUAGAAGUUAACCUAGCCUAGCAAACACAGAUUAUAACUACAAUAUUGCAGCAACAAUGUAAUAUUUCUGCAAUAUAGCUGGAAUGUUACAAUGUUGCUGCAACAUUGCAGUUAUAAUUUAUGUUUGCUAGGUUAUCUUCUAAGAAAAUCGAAUCUUAAAGCUUUUAUUAAACAAUUUUUAAUAACUUAUUUUACCGUCAGAACGUUUUCGAUAAAUGACAGUUUCGCUUUUUUUUUAUUGUAUAAACGGCCACAAUAAAAUUUUCUUAUUGUCGCCAACUCUGUAUUUCGUCAAUUGUCGAGAUCGCGUCGCUUUCACAAUUUAAAUCUUUCCAUCACCCUCCUUUUUUGUAAUCGAAAACGCACCCCUGCGUUGUAGAGACGAAACGAAAGAGAUAGAAUAAAUAACAAUAAAUGAUUAAAUAUGCGGAGUAUAUAUUUGAGUAUACUCGAGCGCGCACGUGUGUGCGUGCGUACAUGCGUGCAUGCGUGCGUGCGUGCGUGCGUGCGUGCAUGUGUAAUAUGUGCGUGCAUGAAUGUGUCUCCGUAUAUGAUAAGACGAGCAAGAGCGUGAGAAUAAAAAUAAAAAAAGAAGAAAAAGAGAGCGAGAAUAUGGGCGCAAAUGCGACGAAAUAUAAGAGAGGAUAUCAUACAGCGCAUUAUUAUUAUUGAUACGAUUGUAAGUUCAUAGAAUCAUUAACACGUUGUAAUGUUAUUAUUAAUGGGACGAUUCACGCGCGUGCGCGCAGACGCGGCGUACAACGUAUAAUAGAUACGUACGUUACAGGCGUAUAACAAUUAUACACAUACCCACACUCUGACACGCGUUAAUUGCUAAGACGAAUAAUAUUAUUGAAUAACAUUAUUGCCAAUAAAUAUACGAUUAACUUGCGGUUAAAUAGCUGAUAAUGUAAACGAAGAGAGAGAGACCCGACGAUAAAUGAUGAUAACUACGAUCGAUAUGUAUUUAAUAGAGUUUUUAAGUCAAUGUUUCGCAUUCAUCCCCUCGGACUAUCCGACUAAGACGACCGCCGGCUGUAUAACAGUCAGUCGAAUGCCAAAGACUCGGUCCCAUGGUGCAUCGAGCUCGUGAGAAACCGGAGAGAGAGACGGAAACUAUAUCGAUGAACUUUCAUUUUGGCGUCUUCUUCGUAUACAGAACGUCCCAAAUGUCCCAAAAUUCACGAAUCAAAAUACUUUAGCACUCGAAAGUUCUCGAAAAAUUUAGUGAAACUGUUAUUUAUCAAGUUUUAUUUUAAGCAAUAGUUUUUGCAUGUAUAAGCGCCUAAAGUUAGUAAAUCAGAAUUACAUUUAGACGGUCAUGCAGACACUAAUAUUUACGGACGAGCGUGACGAUUUGUCUAAAGAUAUUUGUGAUUGACCAGCUUUAAACUUUAUUUAAAAAAACUGCUAUUUCAAAUUUUAAAAAAUUUACAAACAACUAUUUUACUUAAUUUUCCGAGAACUUUCUUGCCAAUUCGGUAUUUUGAUUCGCAAAUUUCGGGAUACUCUGUAUACUUGUAAAAUAUUUUCCAUCGAUUUCAAAGCAAUUCUCGCGACAAUUGCGAUGUUUAUAUCGAGACAUAAAAAUGAACGAAAGAAUUGCGUUACUCUUUUCCGAAAAUUUACGUUUACGAUUAAAUCAUGAACGAAAGAUCUGUUUUUUUUUUGUUGCAAAUACGAUAUCUGAAUAUCAUAGUGGGAAUAAUUUUCAGCGGAAAAAUACUCUCGGAAGCAAAAGGAUAUUCGAAUGCCGUGAAAAGUUUCAUCGAAUAUUGUGCGCGCUACGAAGAAUAAUAUUGCUUUUUAUCUCGGGAUAUGUUCAGCUUAAUUUUUGCGGAGGACCUCUCAUCAGGUGUAUCUUCUUGCCUCUCGACAUUCUCGAUUACUCGUUAAAUGUUAGACAAAUUGACAGACGCUUGAGAAAUAUAAUUUAUCUUACUUAAA